AUCAGAGCUGAGUUAAGCACUUAUCACAAAGUCACAUGUUAGUACAGAUCAUCAGCCGAGGAGUUCCGACACAAUAAAAGGGAAGGUGAAAGCAGCCUCUUCCUCUUCCUCGUCCUCGUCCUCGUCAGGGCCACACGGAGUCUGUGUCAGAGCUGCAGUGACCACCCACAGCAGACAUGGCUCCGACACUGGCUACAGCCCACCGCCGCCGCUGGUGGAUGGCGUGCACGGCCGUGCUCGAAAACCUGCUCUUCUCGGCCGUGCUGCUGGGCUGGGGGUCCCUUCUGCUCAUGCUGAAGUCCGAGGGCUUCUACUCCUACUUGUGCCAGGAGCCAGAAAACACCACAAACAGCAGUGGGGUAGAGAGCGACGGGACAGAGGUGGAGCUGGUCCUGAGGAUGAACGGCUGGCUUAUCUGUAAGGACCAGGACGAGAUGCUGAACCUGGCCUUCACCGUUGGCUCAUUCCUGCUCAGCGCCAUCUCCCUGCCCCUCGGCAUCGCCAUGGACAAAUACGGGCCCCGUAAACUGCGGCUCAUAGGCAGCACCAGCUUUGCACUCUCCUGCCUGCUGAUCGCUUACGGAGCCAGUAACCCUGACGAUCUCUCCAUCCUGAUCUUCAUCGCCCUCUCACUCAACGGCUUUGGAGGCAUGUGCAUGACGUUUACCUCGCUCACGUUGCCCAACAUGUUCGGAGACUUGCGAUCUACCUUCAUCGCUCUGAUGAUUGGCUCCUAUGCCUCAUCGGCCGUGACAUUCCCCGGCAUCAAGGUGAUCUACGACCUGGGAGCCCCGUUUAUCAGCAUCCUGCUGGUGUGGGCAGCCUGCGCGGGCCUCCUCUUCAUGAACUGUUUCCUGAACUGGCCCCUGGAGCCCUUCCCAGGGCCCGAGGACAUGGAUUACACGGUGAAGAUCAAGUUCAGCUGGCUGGGCUUUGACCACAAGAUCACGGGGAAACAGUUUUACCGCCAGGUGACGACAGUAGGCCGCCGCCUCAGCCUUGGCAACUCCAUGAAGCCCCAGGACAAGCUGUGUGUGCAGGACGGAAACAAACUCUGCCUCUCCACCUUCGACCUGGAGCUCAAGUGCCAGAACCAGGAGCAAGAUUCCACCUCCUUCAUGCAGAGCAUCUUCAGCCCCGUCUACAUCCUGAGCCUGGUCACCAUGUGUGUCACUCAGCUCCGUCUCAUCUUCUACAUGGGCGCCAUGAACAACAUCCUUGAGUUUCUGGUGGAGGGCGACAUGGUCACAGUCAGCCUGUACUCGUCCAUUUUCGGCGUGCUGCAGCUCCUGUGCCUGAUGACGGCGCCGGUGAUCGGCUACAUCAUGGACUGGCGGCUAAGGGACUGCGAGGACACUGACUCCGCCGAGAAGGAGCCGCCGGCUGGCGCCAAGAUCCCUCAGGACAAUCCCUCUGACCCCUGCACCCCCCGACCCCCCAGGCCGGCCGGGAAGAAACGGGACCGAAAGAUUCAGAAGAUCACCAAUGCCACUCGGGCCUUCGUCUUCACCAACAUCCUGCUGGUGGGCUUCGGAGUCACCUGCCUCAUCCCCAACCUCCCUCUGCAGAUUUUCUCCUUCAUCCUGCACACGGUGGUUCGAGGCUUCAUACACUCGGCAGUGGGCGGACUCUACGCUGCAGUAUACCCCUCAACGCAGUUUGGUAGCCUGACGGGAAUGCAGUCGCUCAUCAGCGCUCUCUUCGCUCUGCUGCAGCAGCCACUCUUCCUGGCAAUGAUGGGCCCUCUGCAGGGAGAUCCCCUCUGGGUGAACAUCGGCUUGCUGGGUGUUAGCAUGUUGGGUUUUUGCCUGCCUGGUUACCUCCUCUUCUACCGGCACCAGCUACUCAAGCAGAAGGCACGGCAAGCCAAGGACGCCCAGCUCUUCAUGAAGAUCAACGGCAGCUCUAAACAUGAGGCCUUUGUGUAGGCGGCCAGCCCCCACCUGGGACAGGACUGUCGGCACUGGAUCCCUCUCACUCCAUUCUGGAUGGUGCUGGAACGUAUAUCUCAAUAUCACUUGUUAAUCACCUUAUUUAUGGAGGGGGGGGAAUGCCCCUCCCCGGGUUCCUCCCUCUCAUUAAUGGGCCAAAGUCGCAGUGUUUGUGGUCUCUCUGACCCCAGGGAGAGACCCCAAUUCUGUUGGAUCAUCCGUCCAGAACUUGCAACCUGGUGCGAGAAAGUUCAUCCCCUCUGGCCUUUCUGGGAAUUUCUCCUGCCUCCCUCCCUCCAAGUCUGUAGUCAGGGGAGGAGGUGGGGUGAAGCUGAGCACGAGAUGGCUGUGGUCUGUGAGGGUCACCCCCCCACCCCGGAUGUCCCCUGUGAGAUGACAGCUGAGCCCGGAAUCAGUGUCUGGGGUGAGACCAGCCCUCCUGGCUGUCCCACAGGCUCCAGCCACCAGGUGGUCACUCGUACCCCCAGGGUGGUGGCAGGAACAGAUUGGACAGUACCUUCCCCCAAAGGGUUAAAGUUUCUACCCCGGGUUAAAGUUUCUAUGCCGGGGUAAACCAGUGCCCCCUCCCUUCCUCAGGAACAUGGGGAGAGUAGGGUAGAAAGCACCCCCCCGCCUCCCCGUCCCACCACUGACUCCAGGGAGGAUGUCCUCCAUUUCACCCUCUCUCUUGAGCACUGAAACCCCAAACUUGCCUCCUGCCUCGCACCCCUCUCACCCAGGAACCCUGAUGACCCCUCCCUGGAGUCGAUUGUCCCAGUGGUGGGGUUGGGCAGGGAGGACACACUGACCCCUCUGGUGACACACAGCUGGAGCAUGGGUGUAGCCUCCCCUCUAACACAAAGAUCUGCCCUUUAACGAGGGGCAACCUUCCCUUUAACCCUUGCAAUGAGAGCCAGAGAAGGUGCGGUGUACUGAGUUAAAGGGGAGGUUCCCCUCUUAAAGGGGCAGUGUUUUGUGUUCAAGGAGGUAAGUCUUCAGUUGAAGGGUUCCGUGUAAAAGGGGAAGUUGUCCAUCAUUAAAGAGACAGUAUUCUGUAUUAAAGGGGAGUUUCCUCUCUCGAGGAGAAGGUUCCCCUCUUAAAGGUGCAGCAUUCUGCUUUAAAGGGGAGGUUCUUCAUUAAAGGGGCAGUGUUCUGUGUUAAAUGGUAAUUGGUGUAGCUCCCCCACCCACAGUAUGCUAUGUUAAAGGGGAUGUGCCACAUUGCCAAGGGGAACAGAUAUAUUCCUUGCUGCGUGGCUGUCUCGGGAUUCAGCGUGACCUCGAGGGGCUGGAUGAUGGGACCACGAAAAGCAGAGAGCACGAACUCCCCAGGCCCCCACCCACUGCAUGGGACUGUUAGCAAUAAAAGCCUCCACAGAGAGCCGUUUACCCCUCGACCUUACAGACAGCAGUGGGUAGGGUGAGCCCCCGUUCCUGCCCACUCUACAUGCAACCCCACUGCCCAAAGGGAAAUGGCCACUUCAACCACCUGCCUUUGGGGGCAAGGCUCCCCCAUGAUCUCAUUGGACAGCAGGGAGGUCGAGGGGCCAAAUAGCCCAGUAUUGCAAAACAUUCAGUUUUUUUUGUAACUGAUGUCACUUUAUCCAGGGAUGCUGUGAAUGACAUCAAUAUCUCACUCACAGGAGAUUGAUUUCUCCUGAUCUCGGUCAUUUGCCUGUUCUAUAAAUGUGUAUGUAUGGAUUAUCCUAUGAACUCUAUAUUUCACAGUUAGCUUUUAUCAGGAUAUACAUAUGUAUUAAUAAAUUUAA